AUGGAUCAAUGGGAUCCAUCGUCCGACGUGGUCUUCCCAGGGCACCUGAGGAGUUUUUCCAGUGCCACGGGCUAUGGCUUUGUACAUAACAAGGAGCUCCAAGAGAAGUUCGGACGCGAUGUCUAUGUACACGCAUCCUUGCUCCCUGCCGGAAUCGUUUGUGGUGCGAAGGUGGUUUUCACCCUGGGAGUGAAUGACCGUGGUCAACCGCAGUGUCGACAGGUUUGGGAAGAGGACACCUCUGAACUGGAUCAAAAUGCCAUCUUCGAGCUGCUCCCAGUGGCUGCUUUGAAACCCUUCCCAGGCUGCUCACAUGUCGAGGAGGAGACUAUUCGACUGCUCUCAUGGAACAUUUUGGCGCCCAGCUACUGCAAUGGCCUAUACUUCAAGGACGUCCAAUCCGAAUUCCUCCGCUGGUCCCGACGCGCUUGGCAGAUCAAGGCUCUACUCUUUUCGUUGUGCCCUGACAUUGUGUGCCUGCAAGAGGUGGAAUGCCAGCGCCUGGGGGAAUUGGGUUUGUAUUCCUAUCAAGCAGAGUACCUUCAACGUCCAGCUGGAGCUACUGGGACUCGCUUGGAUGGCUGCUUAGUGGCCUGGCGUUCCGAUCGCUUCCGACUUUUGAGGAAGAAAGCGUUGCGCUACGAUGAGCAUCUGCCGCCAGAUGGAGAACGAGGGCACUCGGGACAUGUGGCUCUGUUGGUGGAGCUCCAGCCUCUGGAUCGCUUGAAGCAGCCCUUACUGGUGGCCACCACCCACCUGAAAUUCGGGGAGGCGGAAGACCUGCGACUCGCACAGGCAAAGAUCCUGCUGCGUAGCAUUGAGCAGUUCGGAAAUGAGCAAAUUCUGUUGUGCGGCGACUUGAACUGUUUGCCCAACAGCGACACCUACAACUUCCUGAGUCAGAGGUUGCAUUCUGCAUACCAGGAUUUGGAGGGUGAUGAGAAUGGACUUUGUACGGCCACCAAUGCGAACGUCUGUGGAGAACAGGGCUUUGCGGAGAUUAUAGAUUACUGCUUCCUUUGGGACAAAGAUUCCCUGCGCCGCCGUUGGCGGCCGCCCUCCAAAGUGUCGCUGCGGCAGCAGCUGGGCGCGACGGCGACGGCGGUGCCCACGUUGCUGCGAGGAGGGCACUGGCCCUCAGAUCACUUCCCUGUGGCGGUCGACCUUGUUCUUACUGCCCAGUGUUUGCAGUGA